UCGGUCAUGUCGGUGUAUUCGAGGUUUGUGUAUCGGAGCUAGCACAACAAAAUGUCCUCACGGUGUUUUUACCUCGGAUGUAUCGUCGUAUUUGGAUUAAUGACAUGUCCAGCCGCUUAUUUCAAUAUGUAUCUUGACUCGGCGGAGACAUUUAGACUUCUAGGUAUAAAUGCUGAGCUGUACUAUGUGAGAAAUGGCAUCAUCAAUGACUACGCUUUGUCAUUUGAACUUCUCAUACAACCCAACAUAGAUAAGAUCUACUUCACAUGGCAAAGUAUUCGCCAACAGAUCAUGUUUUACAGUCUAAAGACUAACACCUCCAACCCGAGGGCCAUGUUGGCACCUGUCGCUAACAUCAGCAGUGAGGGCAAAGUGCCCACUACCCUCUCAGUGUUCCAUGUGAAGGUCCCAUGUACAGGCCGACUAAAUAGAGAGGUCCACUUCCUCAUUCAGAUGGAGGUCAGCAUCUUCUCAGUAGUCAACAAAACUCUCAUUAACAUCCGACGCAAGAAGAACUGCCAGAUAGAUUCAUCAAUGUCCAGACCGUUCCUACAUGAUCAGCCAUUGGGAGGAGUGUACCCCUUUACGUCACUGCCCCCGACUAAAAACACCACUGUCCAUCAAGUCUCUCCUCCAGAACCUGCCGGAGCACACACAAUGUCAACUCACAUUUUCUACAUUGCUGUCGGAUGUGCUUGUGCCGUGAUUCUCUUGAUUGCUCUGGCGGUAGCUGUGUACUAUCUCAACACACAGAAAAACAACAACCGCGGCUACACGGACAGGAUCAAAUACUAUGAUAAUACUAGUAGUUCUCAGGCGCUGACCAAACAACAAAGCCAGUCUUUCUUACGGGUUGAGACACCAGUUGACAGUAGUAUAAAGGGUUCAGUGAGAAAUUGUUCAGUACUUGGACCAUCUCCUAUACCAGAGUUGUCUCCACCUGAUCCAAAAGAAAUUUUAACAGAAAUUGCAAUCAGUAGAAAAAGAAUAUCUUUAGCGGAAAUGUUAUUAGAAGGCACAUUUGGGAAAGUCUAUCAAGGGACAUUACUCAGUGAAGGAGAUAACAAUUUUGGGGCUGACCAAGAGAUUAUUGUUAAAACAGUCACAGAUCAGGCGAGAUCGGAUCAGGUACAUUUAUUUCUCACGGAGAGCUGUAUGAUGAAAGGCUUGGUUCACCAAAACAUAUACCCAGUGAUUGGAGCCUGUGUGGAGGACCAGUUGUGUCCCUAUGUAAUUUAUCCUAACACAACGGAAGGAAACCUUAAAAAGUUUUUACAGAAGUGUGGUGUGUCCGAUACAGGAUCUCACUGUACACUUUCUACACAACAGCUGGUAUAUCUAGCUAUACAGAUAGUUAGGGGUAUACAGUUCCUUCACAGACAGAAGAUCCUACACAAAGACAUAGCAACAAGGAACUGUGUCAUCGACAACGAUUUGGUUUUAAAGAUAACAGACAACGCUCUGUCACGAGACCUGUUCUCUGGAGAUUAUAAUUGUCUUGGCGACAAUGAGAAUCGACCAAUCAAAUGGUUAUCUAUCGAAGCUCUGCUGGAAAAACGAUUUUCGACAGCCAGUGAUGUGUGGUCAUUUGGUGUGACUUUGUGGGAGUUGAUGACCGUUGGCCAGCAGCCCUAUGCUGACAUAGAUCCAUUUGAAAUGGCCGCCUACCUCCGUGAGGGUUAUAGAAUAGCUCAACCUAUCAACUGUCCUGAUGAACUGUUCUCUGUGAUGGCAUGCUGCUGGGCUGGAACUCCGGAAGAACGGCCAAAAUUCUCACAGCUCCUUAUAUGUUUACAGGACUUCUACACAGCUCUGGGUCAAUACAUAUGAACCAAUUCUCAAAAAUAACAUUACAAGGUUCAGCUUCAUGGCCAGUGCUUGUGUUCUCAAAAAGGACAGGGUUGUUUAUAUCUUAAUAUCAAUUCAGUGCUAUGUGUAAAAGAAUGUCUCUAAACUGUUGUUAAAUACUGCAGAAUUACUUGGGAGAUUACACACAUCUGAAGAUUUUUAAAAUAAUUACGGAAAAUCAUAAUUAGAGAAAUACCAAACGUUGCAUGCCAAACUAUUCAAUUGACCUGGAUUUCUUCCCCACUGUGGAUGACUGCCAAAACUUGGAUUUCUUCCCCACCAUGAAUGACUGCCAAAUGGCAGUUGACAUUUCAUCAUCUUAUCCCACCUUAAAGCAUGUGAUUUUGUCGUGUUGGUGUCAUUUUAAUUUAUGUACAUUUAGGUGAACGAAUAGUGUUGUCCCCAUCUGGCACGUCUUUAUGGUAGUCAAACAUUCAUAUGACAGAUUAAGUUUCAAAACACUUUAUUGAAGUUUGAACCAAAACUUUCUAGGCAUUAUUUUGUGACAAUCUGAUGAAGAAUGGUGUGAUAGAGAGUAUGAUUACAACCUUAAUACCGUAUUUAUCUUGUAACAAACCUACUCAAAUCUAUUGAUUACUGUAAAUCACUUUUAUUUCAUGUGGGAGCUCAAAUCUAUUGAUAACUGCAAAUCACUUAUAUUUAGCAUGGGAGCUCAAAUCUAUUGAUUAUUGCAAAUCA